AUGGGACACAAGGAGCAUGGAGGGACUUGGCACAUGGAAGCAGCUCAACUGGAUACGCAAAGGAAGAAGGGAGAAGCCAUCUUGAAGACCAGCUCGACCGUCCACUCGACCAACCGGUCGAGUUCCUCAACUCGACCGGCCAAGCUUCAACUCGAUCGAGCUGGGGAGUCAAAGUGUAUGCGAACUCGAUCGAGUCGGUCAACUGAAGACUUGGUCGAGCUAGACAUUACAACGGGUAGAAAGAGGGUUCAGAGGUCACAGAGGGUACAAGAGGAACCUGAGGUGCUUGUUGCUGAUACAAUGGAUGUACCAGAGGGGAAUGGAAACCCUUUGGGCAUGGACUCGGUCGAGAGGUGCCACAACAUGGGUAUGGACAAAAGAACAAUUACCAAGGACCACAAGGCACUUUCCCUGGACAACAAAUGA